AUGAGUGGGUUGGAUAAGAAGCCGAAGAUCCCGCAACCGCCGGCACCUGCAGGUAGCUCGGGGAACUUGCUGUCGAGCGUGGCACCUCCAUCGCAGCUGCCUAACUUUGUAACUGCGACUCCUGUAGUCCCAGCUGUUGAGGUCCCUCAGGCAGCAGUAGGGCAGCCAAUCGCAGCGCCCCUGCCUGUAGGCGGUCAGCCAAUCCCAGCCCCUCUGCCAGUGAAGCCUAUCAUAGUACAAGGAAGGGAUGAACCUCCUCCACAGGAGGACAAUGCCGAGAAAUUUAGUCCUGCAAUCCCGCUAGGCAAGGGAGAACCAGUGAUGUCAAUAAGGUCUCCUGAAGACUCACAGGCCUCACAGUCUCCAGAGUCAUUGCCAGACUCCACUUCGGAGAUUGACAAACUUGGUGACAUAAUGCCGGGAAGUGGUCUGCUCACAUGGAUGAAAGGAGCGGUGUCCACCGGAGGGAUACUGCAGCGUGUGGCUGAGAAGGCAAAGAGCUCUGUCGACUCCAUGAUCACAACACUUGACCCACAAAUGAAGGAGUAUCUGAGAAGCGGUGGGGAUCUUUUAGUGGUGGUAGCGUCAGAUAAAGAAGUAAAAAUAUCACCGAUCAGAGAUGCAUUUCAAACUGUCUUUGGAAAAGCUAAUGUGGUUGGCUAUGCAGCUCAAAGCGAGGUGACAGCGGAGCAGCCAGUAGGGUAUGCGGCCGCGUACGCAGCGGCCAAGCAACGUAUCGCACACGUACGGUCUGUGCACGGAGACCUCAAUAAUAAUGUACCCGUGGUGGCCGUGGAAGGGUUCCUGCACGAGUCUGUUACUGAUAGAUGGUACGAGAUGUCCCUGAUGGUGCUGUCGCAGCCGUCGCUGGGCAUCGAGCUGCAGCAGGUGUCGCAGGGCACGGCGGUGCCGGCCGCCGCCGUGGCCGCCGCCGCCGCCGCCACGCCCGCCCACUACCCGCACGCGCAGACUGGGUACAGCGUCACCAUCGGCUCUAUUAUGGCCGCUAGCUUACAGGUCCCCCACACACAAUGGCAGGAGUCCUCAACAGGAGUGUCUCGACGGGAACUACUUCUACUGACGGCGCGCUCGCUGGCUGGAUCAUACAAACGACUGCUCGCCGUCUCUGCUAACGAGGCGUAG